GUAUCAUUCGCUUUAGCUUCAAUGCACAAGAGACUAAAAGCGAAUGUUACCUUCAACGGACAAGAUACUAGUAAAUUUCUUCACUCAGAUUCGUUGAAAGGUGGGGAGGCCAGGGGCUGAUUGGUUGGUCGAACGAAAGGGAAGUGGAGCGACGAUACAUAUGCUCUUUCAAGACAAGUCUUGAUGUUGACAAGUGUUGAUGUUGGUCUCGUGCAUCUCAAUCCCGAUCGGGAUUGAGAGAUCAAGUUGGAAGUGGAGAAUGGGGUGGGGAGGUGAAGUGGGGGGGCCAUCAGGGCAGCAGCAGCAUCGGAGCGAAUCUACGGUUGCCGUGAUUGCCCCCGUGAUUACCGCCGUGAGCCAAUCUGCAAGAACGGGGCAAGUGUUGGCAGUGUUGCUUCUGUUCCUUCUUCUUGUGCUGAAUGAUGAUGUGAAGAUUGUAGCGACACCUGAGUCCCGGCAGCUGGGCGAAGGAGGGGGGAGACGUAGUGAGAGAGAGAGAGAUUUCGUUCAGCAUUUAGAGAAAGAGCGGUGGGUGAAAGAGCAGCAGCGGGUGCUGCAGGCGGGAAAGAUAACUUUCGAUGUUGCAGCUGCAGCAGCUAUAGCGGUUACCUUACCACCCAUAAAUGCUGCUGCUUAUGACGCCAAUCAUCGUUAUCCACUUGGGGAGGGAAAUUCGAGAGGCAAAGGAGACAGAGGAUCAGGCAGUAAUGGUGCGAACGUCAGUGUCUCAGCGACGAUCGGCAGGAACGGAAUGCAGAAAAGGGAGGUGGUUAGGAGGAGCAGGCGGGAACGGCGUCGUCGGCUUUAUGACGAUGUCGUCAUUGUAGAGAACCGCAGGUUGUUCCAAGCGGGUAGCCUCGUGGAUGUUCUUGCGAAUGUCGGUAAUCCUCUUAUGGCAACCGGUCAGCAGGAGCACGCGCGCGAUCCUUCUCGAUACUACAACAUUCGCCACCUGGCCGUCUCUCCUGACGCCACGUCACUCUUUUACACCGAGCUUGAAGAGGCUGGCAAUGCAUUGCUUAAUGCCGAUCGAAUUUGGCGUGCCAACGUUACUGAUCUCCUCGCCGGCCGCUCGCUUACCGCCUCCAGCCGAUGGCUCCUGAGUGGGCCUUGGCAAGUCAUACCGUAUAGUAACGGUGCAGAGGGGGCGGGUAGUCAGUGGCAGCAGGGUAGCAGCAGCAGCGGCGGCGGCGGUGGGGGAGGUGGGAGUGGCAGUGGUGGGUAUGUGAAGACCGAGGGACUGGCAAUGUCAUUGGACGGCAGCCAACUGUACAUCGCUGAUGUUCUGUCGGGCGCGAUCCGGACCAUCGAUUCGAAGUCGGGAUCGGAGUCGGUCUUCGUAGCGCGAAUCCCAUCGCCACGUGGCGUGGCGGCUGAUCCUCUCGCUCCGCGCUUGUUUGUCUCUUCCAAUUGGUCGAUUUUGACGGUGGACAUAGCGAGCAGGGAGGUCUCGACGCUGACGAUACUGACGAAUGACAGCGCAGGCUUCGUGCUGGCCGUCGAUCCGAUCUUGAAGAUCAGCGGAGAUGCGAUCUCGAGAAACGCAAGUUAUAUGUACGUGGCAGACUACGCGAACAACCAGGUAUGGAAGGUGAAUACCACGUCGGGAAAGUGGAGUCUGGUGGCGGGAAGCGGGCAAAGCGGGGGCAUGGACGGGGACCCGUUCGUGGCGCGCUUCGAUGAGCCCGCGAGUUUAGCGCUCAGCGCGGACGAGCGCAGCUUGUUUGUCGCGGAAGGGCGCGGGAAGAAAAUGCGGCGCGUCGUGUUCGACGCGCCGGGGGGGAACGCAAUUUACGUGGAGACGGUGGUGCACGUGCUUGGAGCCUUCGCGAACAACCGGGUUCUUCUGGCAAUCACCAUCACGAAAGCCAACGACAGAUUACUCGCAGGAAUGUACAACGGAAAGAUCUAUCAAUUGGCUGUCAAUCGAACGGCUCUGCUGUCGGCUCCUCCUCUUUCCUUGUCUUCCACCACCAUCGCUUCUCCUCCUUCCGUCUCUCCGGCGGGAGGAGGAGGAGGAGGAGGAGAGGUGUCGGGGUCGGCGGAGACGGGCGGUGCUGGCGCGUCUACCGCCGCCGCCGCCGGCGGACUCGCGGUGGAGACCAACAACUCAGAUGUGGGGUCUCGAUCCGACGAUAGCGGGGGCUCCACUGCCAAGUGGAAUCCUGGCAUUGGUGGCUGGGUGCUUGGUAUUGGCCUUGGAGUCGUUAGCGUGACCCUUGCCUGCGCCCUUGUCGCGAUUGGCUGUUGCCACGUCAGGAGCCGGGUGAAGAACUCACCACAGCUGUCCACCUCCUUCCUCUUCUCCUCUUCUUCUGGGAAAGGCGGCGGCGGAGGCGGCGGCGGUGGCGGCGGCGGCGGCGGCGGUGUCGCUGCAACCGCUGCUUAUCAGAAAGGACUCCCCUUCUCCGCCGUCAGCGGGAUUGUCGAGGGAGGAUUUUUAGACAAUUCCGAAAUAGGAAACACCUCGAGCUCGUUUGACGCGGGGGUGUUCGAGAGCGCAACGAAUUUUGGGCGCAGGAUUGUAGUGCGGUUCGGCGGAGGAGCGCUCAAGGAAGCGACGGGCAAUUUCGCGGCGGAGAAUCGCAUCGAGAGUGAAGCGGAAGAAGUCUAUAGAGGCCAGCUGGAGGAUGGGCGGGAUGUGGCGGUCAGGAUAAUCAAAGGCCCACCUCUCAGCCAAGAGAAACAUAGACGCUUUCUUGCGGAAUUACAGGUAUUGAAGAAAUUGCAUCAUCGAAAUUUGUGCUGCUUGAUUGGCUAUUCGAUUGAGAGGGAGGGGUUCCUCGUCGUGUAUCCGUAUAUGAGAGGAGGGAGUCUGCACGGGCGCCUGCAUGGGGGGAAGGGGAGAACGGUGCAGGACGGUGGACCAAGCUCAUCAGUCGCAAUGGGGUCGGCGACCUGCUCGGCAUCGGACGCAGAACGAGGAGGAGCAGCAAGUAGCACGAGAACGGAGGCAGGAGGAGGAGGAGGAGGAGAGAGGAGGAGAGGGGAGAGAGGGAGCGUAGGGAGUGAGCUCCACUGGUCAGUACGGAUGUCGGUGGCCCUGCAGGUGGCCAGAGCUUUGCGUUACCUUCAUGAAGAAGUGGACCCGCCAGUCGUGCAUGGGGAUGUGCGUAGUGCAAAUGUGUUGCUGGACUGGUCGGAUUCACGGGAAGGAGGAAGCGGAGGGGGGGGCGGGGGGUGGGGGAGGGGAGUGAGGGCCUACCUGGCGCAUUUUGGAGUCGCGCAGCUUUGGGAGGUAGGAGGCGGGGUGGGGAGAAGGGGAGGGGAGGUGGAAGAGGAGGCAGCAACGGCUUCGACUGUCGCUUCGACCAGCGGUAGAGAAGCCCGCACUGCGCGCCGAGUAUCGACCUCUCCGGCCAGACGCUUGUCACCCAUGAGGUUCUUCAGGGGCGGAGGAGCAGGGGCAGGAGGGGCAGGAGGGGCAGGAGGGGGAGGAGGAGGAGCAAGGGCAGGAGGGAGAGGAGUAGGAGGAGGAGGAGUAGAAGUAGGAGGAGCAGGAGGAGGAGGAGGAGGAGGGAAAGCAGGGGCAUUGGAUAUCACCGCUGCGUACUUAGCGCCUGAACUUAGGACUCCAUCGCGCGCAGACAACGACCGGUCCUUUCGGAACACGUGGAAAGCAGGGGGGAGGAGGAAGACUGUGAAAAGUGACGUGUACGCUGUUGGCAUUUUAAUGCUAGAGCUGAUCACUGGGCGGAUGGCGAUGAUCGGGGAAGGAAUCAGUGAAAGCGGACAAAAGGAAGGGGAAGGGGAGGGGGGGGGGGGGGGGGAAGGGGGGGGGGGGGAAGAUGAGGAAAAGGGUAUCGUGCCGGCCUGCCAGAUAGGCUCGCGUGUGCACGGGAAGAAAGUGGCGGCAUUUUCGAGGGAGAGGGAGAGGAUGGGAGAGGCGGGUGGGGGGAUCAAGGAGGUGGAGGAGGAGGAGGAGGAGGAGGAGGCGGCGAUCGUGGCGGUGGACACCCACCCUGCGGCUAGAAAGGAGAAGGCCGCAGCAUGCUCUUCCUCAGCGUCGGGAUCGCGGUCGGCAGUAGGGUCGGGUGAAGGCGUGUCGCUUGUAACUUGGGCGGCUAGUCAGUUACGGGGCUGUUCUGAUUCUGACGGGUUGAUGCGAAUCGUCGACUGCAGAAUGCAGCUGAGUCCCAAGCAGUGGCACAGCGCGAGAGUUAUGACCAACUUAGCCUUCUGGUGUUUGCAGGAUGCCCCAGAGAGGAGGCCGCCCAUGUGCAAGGUCGUGGAAGCGUUGAUCUCCAUCGCCUUCUGAUCCGCAGGCAGCUAUCGCUCUGGGUGCACUAGCCUGCUACGCAUUCACAGUCACGGGGUUCAACCUCCUGAUGAGCCUGUGACAGUUCGACGAAGCGAUCUGCCACAUUCAUGCGUUUUUUUUGCAGUUGCCUACAGCGAACAUCAUAACACACACACACACACACACACACACACACACACACACACACACAGAGAGAGAGAGAGAGAGAGAGGGGGGGGGGGGGGAUUGGACAGCAUUCAAACGGGCGGACUGGACAGGUAGACAGACAGGCACGCAGACAUAAGGAUUGACAGGCAGACAGUGAUUGAAAGACAGACACAGACAGAGAGUGCCCAUUCGGUUUCUUGGUGUACGCAGGGGAUGAGAGUGAUAGACCGAGAACGAUAUCACGUGUUCACGUGUGUGCAACUCGUCGAAGUUCUAUCUUGAACGAAUCUGGCCGCAAUCACGGCCGGACCUGGCUGUAUCUGACCGUAUUUACGUCCAUAAGUAAAAAGGUCCUAUACUG